AUGGCGCGAACAAAACAAAAACCACGGCAAGGGGGUGGUCGAGGACGCGGACAAGGCAAGGAGAACCCAGGGAGACUCAGGAGGAAGGGCGACAGAGUCCCCGCGGAAGAAGAAGAGUCGGCACAAGAGUCUGCGACUGAAGCAGCCGACGAUGCAGUAGGAGAAGCAGCAGAUGAUCAGGGACCACUAGAGCCAGCAGUACCCUCCAGCGACGUUGACGUCAAACCGGAUGUCGAACAAUUAAAUGCUUCACUGGCAAACUCAGAUCUUCCUUCGGAUCCUCUCGCUCAACCGCAACCACCAGCACAGCCUACUGCUGACGAGAGCCAGAUCUCCACAGCACCAAACGACUCAAUCACGGUAAAUGAGCCGACACCAGUCCAAUCUCCAGCUCAACUCCCUACGCCAACGACAAGCACUCGGAAGACAGGCCCCGCACCAAGAUUCGCCGGCCGACGCUCCGCAAAGCAGCGUGAAGAACUUCUGAAAGCAGACGAGGAGAAGCGCAAAGCUUUACGUGCCUCUGCCGCAGCUAGUGCCCAAGCUCAGGGCAGUGGGGCUAGGGAAGGCUUCAGGAAAGGCAGAGGAGAACAUGGACGUCGACGUGGGCGGGGCAGAGGUGGGUACAUGGGACAGAACGAACGUGAGCGGGAGCAAGAGGCGCAAGAAGCUGUGCCCAGUGGACCGUUCUCAGCUGGGCAGAUCCACAAGGACUCGAGGCAUGUCAGGAGACAGCCGCCGUCAAGCGGUGCGUGGGGAUUCACGCCGGGUGCGGCGCCUAGAUCGGAGAGACCGAGUGGGCGCAGGGCUUGGUCACAUACCGCGGCUCCUGUCAAGACGAGCGACGGGAAGAGGGUGAAGGCUGAGUCUGGACCAAGCACAGGCGGGAGGAGUGGAGUGGAUCGGGAUGGAGACACACGCAUGAACAUUAUCGAUGGAGGCUAUGUUUCAAGCGACGAUGACGAAGGAGAGGACCGUAUGAAUGUCGAGGACUUCGGCAUCAUUGACCUCACGCAGAAUGAAGGCCCUCGCGACUUCUACGCUCCGGUGCGGAUGAUGCGAGUGCAGCACAAGGACCGCGCGCUGGGUAUCAACGCCGAGGGUGCCACGAACCAAGACGGAGCGGUCGCUGUGGAGUCGAACGAUGUUCCGGCCAACGUGGAUGUGACUGAAAAGGGCAAAGGCAAGCAGAAGGCCUCGCAGGACUUUGAGGUCACCAGCGAAAAGCACGUCUUCCAAGCCGUGUACUCCGACUCGGAAGACGACGUCAGAGCUAAGCCACAGAUCAAGCCCGACCCGGAAGCCACCACAACACAACAACACGACGACCCUCCUUCUAGCCCUGAACUGCGUCGCAAAGGCAAGGAGCGCAUCAAAGCUCUCGGCCGCACACCCUCCCCUGGUCCACCAGGAACCGAAUACGUGACCCGCGAGGAGAGAGAAGAACACGCCCGCCACCAAAACGACCUCCGCCUCCUGCGCUCAGAGCUCGGCGACCCAACACCCACCAACGACGCGAACGGCGACGCCACGAUGACCGACUCCGACCGUCAAGACAAGCGCGCAGAGAAAGUCUACCUCUUCCAGUUCCCGCCCAUCCUCCCUGACCUGGUACCGGUGCCUAUCAAGCCGGACCCUGAAGCCGCUGAGAACGGCACCGAAGACGCGAUGCACGUCGACCCCGCCCCACCACCAGCGGCGAACACGGCAGACAAACCGAUCAAAGUCGAAGACAACGCCUCACCCCCUCCGAAAGCCCCCUUACCUUCCGGCGCGGUCGGAAAACUGCACGUCCAUGCUUCCGGCCGCGUGACGCUGGAUUGGGGUGGCACGGCUAUGACGUUGAACAUGGGCACGGAGGCGGGGUUCCUGCAGGAUGUGCUCUGUGUUAGUUUGCCCGAGGGGAAGAUGGGAGAGGAUGGCGAGGCGUUGGGAACGGGGGAGGCGGUGAGUAUGGGGCAGGUGAAGGGGAAGUUUGUUGUGGUGCCUGAGUGGGGGGAGUUGGUGUGA